CACCUCCACCAGUCCACUCCCACGGUGACAGUGGCCAGUUUCCCACCUGGCCAUAGAAAUGACUCCUGCCUCACGAGCCGUCGUUAGUGUAGAGUCCCGCCGGUGAGAGGCUGCAACACUGAGGGGCGACAAUUGAACCCGGAGCGGGUCGGUUCGGUUCGGUUCGGUUCGGUUCGGGUCAGCAGCAGCAGCAGCAGCAGCAGCAGCCAUGGGGGACCAAAACACUGGUUCGGAUGAAGAACUUGGCCAGACAAGACAGUUUGCCAAACAUCCGCAUCAGCAAAAGCCUCCUGCGUUUCACUCCUGGUUUCAGGGACUGCUCAUGCUGUGUCUGCUAGUGUUCGUCGUGUUCUUGGCCUUUUCGGACAGCACCCUGUCGUGGUCCGAAACGUUAUCUAUUCAGAAACAGUACCAGCGUUUUUUCAACAAGAGCAAGCAAGGGCACACACCUGCUUAUCUGAUUCACCCAAAACACAGAGCUUUUCUGAAUAAAAUGAAGGAGAACACGUUACAAACCCCUGAAGGCCUUCAGCACAACACGGAGCCACACACUACACAGCAACAACGCCUUCAGUACCAUGAAGCUUAUCCACACAACUACAGGUUUGUCAUGGAGAACGCCGAGGUUUGCAAAGUCAACUCGCCUUUCCUGGUCCUGAUGGUGCCGGUGGCGCCAAGCAACGUUGCGGCUCGGGACGCGAUCCGGGCAACGUGGGGCAAAGACCAAGUGGUUCAGGGCAAGAAGUUACUCACUCUGUUCGUGUUGGGUCUCGAUAAAACACACGACGUUGAGAAGCUCCAACAGGAGAACCAGCAGCACAACGACCUGAUCCAGAGUAACUUCCUGGACACGUAUCUCAACCUGACCAUUAAAACCAUGGUGAUCAUGGACUGGCUGGCCACGCGCUGCCCUGCAGCCGCCUACGCCAUGAAGGUGGACUCCGACAUGUUCCUGAACGUUGAUAACCUGGUGAUUAUGUUGAAGAAGCCAGGGAUCCCCCAAAAGAACUAUCUGACAGGAAUGCUCAUGUGGAACAGACCCGUUGUCCGGUCCAAGAACUCCAAGUGGUACGUUCCCGAGGAGAUGUACCCUGAGCCCCAAUAUCCCACAUACACCCUGGGAAUGGGAUACGUCUUUUCCAACGACCUUCCCGCUAAAUUUGUGGACGUCUCGAAAUCCAUCAAACCCUUUAACAUAGAAGAUGCUUAUAUUGGGAUGUGCAUUAAAAAGCUCGGACUUUCACCGACGUCUCCACCGGACCCAUCGCAGUUUAAGGCGUAUAAUUCUAAGUACGAUCGCUGUGAAUUCUCUAAGGUUAUUACGUACAUUAUUGGCUCUGCGGAAAAUUUGAAAAACUUUUGGGCAGACUACAAGAAGCCUGGACCUCACUGCUAAAGCCGUUCGCACAACGGAUGCAGCGUGAAAUCCCUCAUCGUGUAACUUAUUUCUAGAUAUUCAGCAGGUUGAAAAGGGGAACGGCAAUAAACUUUUAAAAAGAAAAGAGUUUUUUGCUUCAAAUCUCGUGAAGCAAAGCUGUAGUACAUGUUACAGUUGAUCCGGCAGGAUGUGAACCACUACUGGAAUUGUUGUGCAAUUUCUUUUAAAAUGGUUUCAUAUGCUUUUCUGAGCCUUUGUUAUAUUUUAAAAAUGGAAAUUGCAUAGAAUGCACUGACUGUUAUUUAAACAGAGAUGCUAGCCAGCACUUUAUCAACUAAUGGAUGUCAAACUCCAAAACUAACAUGUCAACAUGAAAAAAGGGCAAGGACUUGUACUUGAAGUUAGCACAACAUAAACUAGUAAAUUCAACUACGACUAACAGAGAAAAGGUUGCAUUAUGUUGGCUGUGUCCACUGAACUAAAAACAUAAAUCAACUGUGUUCCUGUCAAAGGAUUUUAAACGAUGUACCUGGGAUUUUGAAGUUUUGUGAGUUUUGUAUUUGAUUUGUUUUUAUUUUUAGCCACAAUUUUCCACAUGUUCUCCAGAUUUGUUUCUAAUUGUUCUGUAUUUCGACUGGGUCAUCCUAAAAAACAAUAUGAGAGUUUCAUAUACACCAUUAUUGGUAAUUAUACAUACGGGAUUUUUAUGUUUUUUAUUUUAAAUACUCCCAAACUGGUGACGUGACGAUUCCUUGUUUAUCUGCAGCUUUCUUUAAACACUGUAAUUUGUUUAGUUGUUAAUCAGUUGUGUUUGGGAAAUCAGAAAUUGUUAGAAGGAAGUCUAGCUCUCAACACGCACUUGUAAGAAAAAAAAAAUCAAUGUUGCAUGUAGUGCCUUCAAAUCUAAACUUAAAUUUAAUGCGGUGCUUGCGUAUGGAAAGUAAAGCUUAAAAUGUUUGUAAGA